AUGGUUCAAUUGAUGGCGCCAUUCCGGUCCUCGACCAGUGUUGACCCAGGAUGGGAACAUGGUAUAGCUCAAGAUGACAGGAAAAAAAAGGUGAAAUGCAACUACUGUGGGAAGAUUGUCAGUGGUGGCAUAUACAGAUUAAAGCAGCAUCUAGCUCGAGUUUCUGGCGAGGUCACUUACUGCGACAAGGCUCCCGAGGAUGUUUAUCUUAAGAUGAAGCAGAAUCUGGAGGGCAGCCGCUCCUCUAGAAAGUCGCGCCUCACAGAAGACGAGGGUCAAACGUACUUAAAUCUCCAUUAUGAAGAUGACGAGGACUUGGCUGCUCCGGCUAUUGCUGCUGCCGCUGCCUCUGCUCCAGUUGGUCAAAGAACCAAGGGAAAGCAAUUAAUGGCUACUAACGACAGGAGUUUGGCGGUCAACUUCACCCCACCACGGUUGGGUUAUGUUGACCCCGGUUGGGAGCAUGGAGUUGCUCAGGAUGAAAGGAAGAAGAAGGUGAAGUGUAAUUAUUGUGACAAAGUGGUUAGUGGUGGGAUCAAUAGGUUCAAACAACAUCUCGCUAGGAUUCCUGGAGAGGUAGCACCUUGUAGAAAUGCUCCAGAGGAAGUGUACCUCAAAAUAAAAGAAAAUAUGAAAUGGCACCGUACUGGGAAGAGACAGAGACAGCUCGAUUCCAACGACGUGUCUUCCUUUUGCGAGCAAUCCGAUGAAGAAGAAGAUGAUCAAGACCAAGAUGCUCUCGUUCAUUUGAGGCAGGAAAGGUCCACAGUUGGUGAGAAACGACUAAGGAAAGACUGGAAAAUGGGUCUCAGGGGUACAUCUCCAGUUGGUGGUUCUGAAUCAUUCCAAAAGAAGUCACGAUUGGAUUCCAUUUACCUUAACUCAUCCAACAAUCAGCCACCACCACCAUCUCGCUUAAAAGUGAAGAAUGGGUGGUCUAGAAAAUCCCGUAGGGAUGUUGUUUCUUCAAUUUGCAAAUUCUUUUACCAAGCAGGGGUUCCAAUAGAAGCAGCAAACUCGCAGUCCUUCCAUAGAAUGCUAGAGUUAGUAUGUCAAUAUGGAGAUGGCUUGGUGGGCCCUCGAAGCCAGGUGAUUUCGGGUCGCUUCCUUCAGGAAGAAAUUGCAACUAUUAAGGAACACCUACUUGAGUAUAAAGCAUCAUGGGCAAUCACUGGUUGUUCUAUACUGGCUGAUAGUUGGAUUGAUGUUGAAGGUAGGACACUAAUCAACCUUCUAGUUUCUUGCCCGAUUGGUGUAUAUUUUGUUGCUUCAGUCGAUGGUAGCGACAUUGUAGAAGAUGCUUUAAGCUUGUUUAGGGUAUUGGAUAAGGUGGUGGAGGAAAUGGGCGAGGAAAAUGUGGUGCAGGUGAUCACUGACAAUACACCGAGUUAUAAGGCUGCAGGAAAGAUGCUUGAAGAGAGGAGGAACCUAUUCUGGACCCCAUGUGCCACCUACUGCAUCAAUCAGAUGCUUGAAGAGUUUCUCAAAAUAAAGUGUGUGGAAGAGUGCAUAAUAAAGGGGCAAACGAUCACGAAACUAAUUUAUAACCGCAUUUGGUUACUAAAUCUUUUGAAGGAAUUUACCCAGGGACAGGAACUUCUGAGGAUAGGUGCCACCCCUUCCGCAUCUAGCUUUGCCACUCUACAGUGCUUGCUGGAUCUCAGAACAAAUAUAAGAAGAAUGUUCCAGUCGAGCAAAUGGGUGUCAUCCGGAAUCUCUCAAUCUGAAGAGGGAAAAGAGGUGGAGAAGAUUGUCUCAAAUGCUAAUUUCUGGAAGAAAGUACAAUUUAUUUGCAAGUCAGUGGAACCAAUAACUCAGGUUCUUCGGAAAGUUCAUAGUGGGGAAAGUCCAUCAAUUCCAUUCAUCUACAAUGAUUUGCAUAGGGCAAAGCUUGCCAUUAAGUCUAUUCACGGGGACGAUGCUUGUAAAUAUGGGCCAUUCUGGAGUGUACUAGACAAUCACUGGAAUUCAUUAUUAUGCCACCCACUCCAUUUGGCUGCUUACUUUCUGAAUCCGUCAUUCAGAUACUGCUCCGAGUUUGCCAUGCAUUCGGGGGUGAUGCGUGGAUUAAAUGAUAGCAUUCUUCGACUUGAGCCAGACAACUUGAGAAGGAUUUCUGCAUCUAGGCAGAUACCCGAUUACAAUUCUGCAAAGGGUGAUUUUGGGACAGAAUUGGCAAUCAGCACAAGAACAGAGUUGGACCCAGCUGCAUGGUGGCAGCAACACGGAAUAAGCUGCUUGGAGUUGCAACGGGUAGCUGUACGCAUACUGAGCCAGACUUGCUCCUCAUUCGGUUGUGAGCACUGGUGGAGCAUAUAUGACCAGAUCCACAUCCGGAGGCAGAACCGCCUAUCUAAGAAGCGAUUAGAUGACCUCAUCUUUGUUCACUACAACUCGCGACUCAGAGAGUUGCAGUCGAAUAGAAGUAUGGAUGGAUCAAUAUCGGUGGACAGCUUACUGGCGGAGCAUUUACUCGGGGACUGGAUAGUGGAUGCAGAAAGACAUGGGGUGGGGUUGUUCGAAGAUGAGGGGGUAGAGAAUGGGAUUGGGGGUGAAGACGGAGACGAGAAAGAAAUGAUGGAUUAUUUCGAUGGAGAAGGUGAGAAAGAAACUCAUGAAAUGGUGAAUAGAGGUGAUGUUAACCCUCCUGAUGCUGGCGCCGACGGCUGUGGCAGUACUGACGAGGAAGAGGAUGAGAAUUUCUUGAACGAGGAUUUGAGCGACGAAAUUCGGAGCUAG